AUGGCUGACACCGCAGCCUCCGAAGUUCGGCCCGAGUCGCUAGAGGCAACAGAGCAGUUUGACGCCUCACUUCCUGGAAGUGUUGUCGCUGUGCCACCUAUCUGGACGAACGAAGAUGGCAGCUUUCGAACCCAACCAGACAUCCCAGCACCGCCGCCGCGGAAACCACCCCCGCUCCGCAAUUCGACAAUUGCACCCUGGGUUCUAGCAGCUCGCCAGGCAGACAUAGCACAGGCGAGGGAGGAUGAGGCGCUGGAGACAGACUAUGACGAGUAUGGCUCUGGCGGGGGAUCUCCGCGGUCUGCAGAAGGAUCUCAGCUAUCAAGCACCCAGAUGUCACAGGGUUCUGCUCUUGGAUCAAUGCCUUACAGCGUUGAUAGUCAGCCACCUGUUGAUCCAGAUGCCAAUUAUGGUGGAGUUACCCUAUCUCAGCUCGAAGAGUUCCUGGCCGUGCGCAAGGGCAUGCGAACGGCUUGUGGCACCUUGCCAAUGACGUUUGCCAUUUGGCUCGCCUAUGUGUUGCUUGUGAUCACUAUGGGAGAGGCAGAAGGACCAUUUCAGACGGCAAACCUCAUCAAGGAGGAAAUCAGCAGCGCGGUCGCGUACCGACCAGACUCCAUGACCGGGCUGAAUCGGACAUUCCUCUUGCAUGAAAUGCGAGACUUCGACGAUAUCGGCUGGUGGAUGAAGACUGCGUUGGUUCCAACCAUCGAUCCAGCGAGUAGUCGAAUGGGUGGUGCUGUCAAGAUUGUUGGAUUUGCAAGGGUGACCCAGAUAAAGGGCACCAUGGUUGGGUGCGAUGGCCUGACGCCAAACCUUAAGCGAUUCUAUCCGGGCUUCUGCUAUCCCCCAGCAUCUCCAGACACUCUCGUGACCUCCUUUGGGCCUUUCGGUGUUGAUGACGCCUACCAGGCAUUGGGUGCUCAACGACAAGUCGGGGAGUUUGAAGCUUGGCUGGACACAGGCCGCACGGUGACCGAAGUGCAGUCGCGAAUCGACAGUCUAAUCAAUUAUGGCUGGGUCGACAGGCUUACGCAGCAUGUCACGCUGAAUGCCUUCUUCAUGAACCUUCAAACGAAUGUCUACGUGCGAAUGCGGCUGCUUUUAGUGGUUCAUAGGGAGGGCCUCAUCGAGAGCACUCUGAGCCUGGUCCCAAUGAAAGCAGAGGUGGUCACACAUUGGUCGCACAUUUUCCUGAACUUGUGCUUUGCGAUCCUUCUUACAGUGCAGCUUCUCUGGUUCAUGCAGCAGUGCCUCGCGGAAUACAAACGGGGUCUUUGGCGACUGCAUUUCUGGGACAUUUGGACAUGGUUGGACAUGGUCUCCAUCAUGGUGGCCUUAGUCAUUGUAUUCAUGGCGCUGGCCUUCGUGGUCGACACGCAAAACUUCACAGUGAUGGUCUCUGACCUUGGCGAUAUGCCAACCUGGUCUGUGCUCGAAGCACCCGCAGCUCGCAAAGUGCAGUCCAUCCUGCAAAAUCGCGGAUAUCGUAACAAGUGCUCUGAACUCCUGGCCGUCUUUGACAACGUGCUCAGCGUCAGCCUGUGGCUGCGAUUCAUGACUGCUUGGUACGCAGUCUGUCUUUGUCUGCGCUUUUAUCGUGGAUUCACAGGGCAACCGCGCACUUCUGUGAUAUUGCAGUCCGUGCUGUACAUGUCCAAUUUGUUCCUUCAUUAUUUGGUCGUGUUCUUGGUGGUCUGCGGAAAUUUUGCGCUGAGUGGAUACAUUCUAUUUGGGGAGCAGGUGCCUGCUUGGUCCACCUUUGGAGGCAGCGUUAUCACUCUGACUCAAGUUAUGCUUGGAGAGUUUGAUUACGAUGCCAUGCGAAAUGUUGCCCCGAUUCUUGCGAUGAUCUGGUGGUGGAGCUUCUUCCUCUCCACAACAGUGGUACUGUCGAGGGUUUUGACAGCAGCUGUACUACAGCUUUUCUUAGAGGUCCGUCAGGCCCUAGGCGAGCCGGGUAUAGGCCUCCCACGACAGAUACUGGCAGUCACAAAGAACUUGUGGUACCAGCGAUCUUAUGAAGGGUCCAUGAAGAGCGUGCCCGAUGACGACCUCCUCGACAUGUUGGCAGCGGACUUAGAUCCAGCUCAUGUCAAGAAGCUCAUGCAGAUGAAAACCGACAGGCGCCUGUGCACGCGAGAAGAUCUCGCAAAAGCAGAGAAGGACAUCAAAGUUGAUGUUGAUUUCCUGGUGAAGAGAGGCAUGGACCCGCUUGGUGCAGAGCGCCUGAUCGAUCGCACAGCAAACUGGGCGCUGAACAUUUCCACGACCACUUCUGCCACAAAUCGUCUCAUGCUGCUGGUUGCCAAGCAGAUGGAUUACAUCACCAGCGAGGCAGACCGAAUUCAGCGUAAGAUCCGCACUCGCAUUGACCGAGCAGCACAGUCAGCAGAUCGCGUUGACGUGAAGCAUGCCAAGUGUGCCGCACUGGCCAAGCGCCUCCGACGUGCGCAACAGAUACCAGCAGGCUGGACGGCUCACCGUGAUGAGAACGGUCGCAGAUAUCUUCGCCACGAGGAGAGUGGCCUCACAUCAUGGACCUUGCCUCGAGCUCUUAUUUAA